GAGGAGAAGUGUGAGUGUGUAUAUGUGUGUGUAAGUGUGUGUGUGUAUAUGUGUGUAAGUGUGUGUGUGCAGAGGAGCGGUCAGCUGUCAGCACCCAGAGCCGCUUCAGCCCACGAAACCAGCCUCUUCCUCCUCCUCCUCCUCCUCCUCCUCUUCCUCCUCCUCCUCUUCCUCUUCUUCUGCUUCUUCUCAGGAGCUGCAACUCCACAGAAGCGCGCACUUCGACACUGAUUUCACGGGACGCUUGUGAGAAAAGUCCGCGGAGGCUUCUGGGUAUGGACAGACUACAGCUCUGAGACAUAAUCGGAUUUUUUUUCUGCGUCUUCUUUAUUCUGAAUAAUGGAGAGUUGAUGGCUUGAAAGGAAUCGGACUGAAGAGCAGUGCGGCAACAUAAAGAGGAUAAAGCUCUCUGUACAGAGGCAGGGCCUUCUCUUGCCUCAGUCACACGGCUUUAUAUCAUCUAUUGCAAACUCAUCGUACUUACUGCAGAUCAGCUGACAGGGGAGAAUUGUCAUGGCUGCCUAUGGACAGACUCAGUACAGCCCUGCCCUUCAGCCCGCAGGACCAUACACACCUUACACCCAUCACACGCAAGGCUACAGUAUGUCAUCAUACAAUAUUAAAACAGAGGACGGCCUGAGCCACUCUCCGGGGCAGACGGGACUCCUUGGUUACUCAAACUUCAGCAGCACUCCUCCCAGUCAAAGUCUCUACAGCUACUCGCACACACAUGGUGGUGGUAUCUCAUCUGGAAUUUUUCAAGGCACUCAUGCAAUCUCCAGCUCAACCCCGUUUAACCCCACCCAGCAGGACUUUUCAGCAUACUCCAGCUACAGUCAGGGUCAGUACUCACCGUAUUAUAACUCACACUACAACAGCCCCUACCUAACCAGCAGCAACAUCAGUCCUACUGCCAUCACGGCUCCGGUGGCCUAUCAGCACUCGGAGCACCCCGUCAUGUUGCCCAAUCACAGCCCAGAGUCACAUACAGGGGAGUACCACCCACCGCCCAGCCCCCCCACACCAGGUAAAGAGGAGGGGGUCCCCGCACGACGAGGGUCAGAUGGGAAGUUGAGGGGGAGGAAAAGAGUCAAUGACCCUGCCCCCCCUCUGGACUCCGAUAUAGAGCGAGUGUUUAUCUGGGACCUGGAUGAAACCAUCAUCAUUUUCCAUUCGCUCCUCACGGGAACCUUCCCCUCACGAUAUGGCAAGGACUCUUCCAGGGCGGUGUCUCUGGGUUUGUGGAUGGAGGAGAUGAUCUUCAAUCUGGCUGACUCAAAGCUCUUCUUCAAUGACCUAGAGGAAUGCGACCAGGUUCACAUUGAUGACGUGGCAUCAGACGACAACGGCCAGGACCUGAGCACAUACAACUUUGGGACUGAUGGCUUCCAGAGCCCAGCAGGGGCCGGUUCACUGUGCCUGGGGUCGGGGGUCCAUGGAGGAGUGGACUGGAUGAGGAAGCUGGCUUUCCGAUACCGCAGAGUGAAGGAGAUUUACAACACAUACAAAAAUAAUGUCGGGGGUUUACUGGGCAGUCCCAAACGGGAGGAGUGGUUACAGCUCAGAAGAGAGAUGGAAGUUCUGACCGACCUGUGGCUGACUCAAGCACUCAAAGCCCUGGCCCUCAUCAACUCCAGGCCAAACUGUGUGAACGUGCUGGUGACCACCACACAGCUCAUUCCUGCUUUCUCCAAGGUCUUACUGUUUGGACUGGGCUCAGCCUUUCCUAUUGAAAAUAUCUACAGCGCCACAAAGACAGGCAAAGAAAGCUGUUUUGAGCGUAUCUCCCAGAGGUUUGGUCGGAGAGCAGUGUACGUGGUGAUUGGAGAUGGACCUGAAGAGGAGAACGUGGCCAAGAAAAAGAACAUGCCAUUCUGGAGGGUGUCCUGUCGGGCUGAUCUGGAGGCGCUGAGCCAUGCACUGGAGCUUGACUACCUCUAGAGGGCGCCAUCUGUCUCAUUUUCUUUUACUCACAAGAGGCUCCUGAACUCCUCCUGAGUGCAGCUAGUGGGGGGACGUUGCCACUAGAGACUGAUUCAAUUGCAUUUUCAAGGUUUGACGCAAGCGCAUUGAUCCCUAGAGAGUGAGAGAGCACCCAGUGGAUAAUUUCACCCCAAAGCCAAAGAGAAACUGUGAGGACUUGGAUGCAAGGCUGCUGCGUUAUAUCUAUCUAUGACACAAAAACAUGGAGCCAAGAGGGCUGGACCAAAAUCAAAGUAAAAAACAAAAAAAAAUAAAUAAAUAAGGGACCAAAGCUUCAUAACUAACCGCAGGGAAGUAUGGUUAAUACUGCAAAUGCCUUUUUAAACCCCCGUUUUUUCCAGUUCAUCUCAUGUUUUUUUGACUUGUGUCCCACUUUUGUACAUGAAAGAGUGAUGCACUGAAUAGAAAAGAACCUUACAUCCUGUUUAAUGAACAUAGUGUCUGCAUGAUAAAAAAAAAAAAAAAAAAAAAAAAAA